GGGUUUGGGAGGAGUGUUUUCCUGCAGUUCUAUUCGAGCAGGGUUGGCUUGUUGGCCUGAAUGCAGCAGUGUCUAAUCUUCUAUGCUGUCGUCGAACGCAGAAGCAAAGACCAGCACGAUAAGAUGAAGAAAUUGGUGCUUGAUGUGGACACAGGUGUGGAUGAUGCUCAGGCUAUUAUGUUGGCUCUGGCGGCAACCAAUGUGCAAAUCUUGGGAAUAACCUGUUGCCAUGGUAACACACCCCUGCCAAAUGUCCUCAAAAACACACUUCGUGUCCUUAAGAUUUGCCAGAGGCUGGAUGUCUCAGUGUACAGUGGCAGCUCGGGGCCUCUGCUGCAACGAAAAAUCCAUGCUGGAGAAUUCCAUGGGAAGGAUGGACUUGGUGAUGCCCCAGAUCCAGAUGCUCCAGGGUUGGAGCUACUGCAGGAGGAAGGAGCUGCGCAGGCCAUGAUCAGGAUUGCGAAAGAGAACCCUGGAGAGGUGAUUCUGGUUGCCACAGCACCCCUCACUAACCUGGCUAUUGCUGUCAAACUGGACCCUUCCUUCCCUCAGCUGCUGAAGGCGCUUUACAUAAUGGGAGGCAACACUGAAUCCAGGGGUAACACCACACCAUGUGGGGAGUUUAACUUUGUGGCGGACUCUGAGGCGGCCUACAUUGUGCUGGAUCAGUACCUCUGUCCCACCUACAUGGCCACGUGGGAGUUCACCUGCAGGAACAUCCUGCCAUGGUCUUUCUGUGAUGCUUGGCUCGCCCAAGAUACUGAAAAGGCUCACUUCAUGAAGAAGAUUUCCGCACAUACCAGGAAGACAAUCCAGUCAGACCGCUAUCAAAAAGAGCUGGUGGGAGGACCCGGGUUCAACUGCUGUGAUGCGUAUGCUGUGGCUGCUGCCAUUAAUGAUGAACUGGUGACAGAAAUGGAACAGGUUGCUGUGACGGUGGAGCUUGAGGGGAAACACACCCAAGGAAUGCUGGUCCUGGACUACAUGGAGAUGCUUAAAAAGGAACACAAGGUUAACAUCCUGAAGAAAGUUGACUUGGAGAAGCUCAAGAAAAUGUUGAUGGAUGCACUCAAAUAGUGCUGUUACUUUGAGUAGCAUUGUUGCAUUUUGUGGAAUAGGUGCACUUAAAAUUUGCUAAAUUUUUCUUCAUAUUUUAAUUUGGAACAGAAUGUGCAGUGUUCCAAGUGCAUUUGCCUGUAUGGAAAUAAAAGCCAUUUUAAGGAU